GUCGCUGUAUUGUGCAACAUUUAUCAUCACAUAACUUUAGUGUGUAUAUCUGAUAAUACGCUGUAUGCUUCCGUUGGAUCAAGCGAGAGAAUAUAGAAGAAAAAAUUGUUGUUUAUGCCAUAAAUCGAUCUUCCUGCUUUCUCUUUCUUCGCGGUAUAUGGCGACUUAUUUGCUAUAAGGUGUUAAGAGUUGCAAGCAUACAGAAAUGCAAUUAUAAGUGAAAACAUAAUCUGGUGCAGUGGAAAACUGAUCAUUGGUAAUUUUUACAUCAUUAGUACCUCAACUUCUAGGUGAAUUUUCCAUGACAAUAAAGCUUAUUUCUUGUCCGAAAUAUACCUUUAUGUCAAAUCUUCAGAAAAAUGGCAGAAAUUUUAUCCAACCAAUUACCAAUCAACGUGAACCAGAUGACUAACUUGGAAUACCACUAUAAAAUGUCCACCAACAGCAUCAACGAUUUUUAUAAAAGCUCAAAUGUACUUAUCACUGGAGGAACAGGCUUUGUUGGGAAAGCUCUUCUGGAAAAACUGUUAAGAUCCUGCCCUGGCAUACAGCGUAUCUAUCUAUUAAUGAGAUCGAAAAAGGGGAGGAAUGUUAACGAAAGAUUAGAUGAGCUGUUGAAAAAUCCAGUCUUUGGGCGCUUAAGAGAAGAAAAUGACGACAUAUUUAUGAAAAUUAGACCAAUUUUAGGAGAUAUUUCACUAGUUAAUUUAGGAAUGUGCAACCAAGAUCUAUUAGAAUUGGUAGAAAAUGUUGACAUCGUUUUCCAUUCGGCAGCUACAGUAAAAUUUAACGAAGAUCUCAAGCAGGCCUUGAUUUACAAUGCGUUAGGAACCAAAAGGAUAUUGGACUUUUGUUGUCUUUUAAAACAGCUAAAGAGUUUUGUAUAUGUAUCAACAGCAUUCAGCAACCCGGAUAAAGAGAACAUAAGUGAAUCUGUAUACGAAGCGCCUUAUAACCCAGAAGAUAUUUUUACUCUAAUAGAAGAUCUUUCCAAAGAUUCGUUCGACAUGUUAUCCCACAAGCUGUUAGGUAAUCAUCCAAAUACAUAUACUUAUACAAAAGCAAUGGCUGAACAAAUGGUUCUAAUGUUUUCAAAUCGAAUACCUUCAGCAAUUGUAAGACCCUCAAUUAUCACAGCAGCUUGGAGAGAACCUUAUCCAGGUUGGGUUGAUAGCGUUAGUGGAAUUACUGGAGUUUUUAUGGAGUGUGGACGAGGCACCAUUAAGUCAGUCCUGUGUAACGAAAAGUAUAAAAUGGAUAUUAUUCCAGUGGACAUAGUUGUAAAUACUUUAAUCACCUCUGCUUGGCACACAGUCUAUCAUAGGUCCAGUUCCUUAAGAGUCUAUAACUGUACAAGCGGACAAAUUAAUCCAAUUACAUGGCGCGAUUUUAAAAACCUAACCUUAAAAUACUCUAGGGAAUCACCGAGUAAAUAUGUGACCUGGUACCCAGGAUUCACGUACAGAACUAGUAAAUCACUACACAAACUUUUCGCUACAAUGUACCAUAUAGUACCCUCCGCCGUUUUGGAUGCAUAUUUACUAUCCACAAGACGAAAACCAAUGAUGCUAAAAAUAAGUACAAAAUUCUACGACGCCUUGUUAGCAGGCAGUUUUUUCUCUACCAAUGAAUGGAACUUCCAAGUCUCCACAAUGAAGAGUUUAACCAAGGUUGUAAAUGGUGCAACAGAUGGUGCAAAUUUUGAGACCAACUUUAAGUCAGAAAAUGGUUUUACCUGGGAGGAAUAUGUCCAAUGUUUCCACCUAGGAGUUCGACAGUACAUCUUAAAAGACAAACCGACAAGUUUAGUAGAAGCUAGAAAGAAAUUAAAAAGGCUAUAUUGGUUUCAAAAAAUGUUGGAGCUACUAUUUUUCUACACCGUUUUGCGAAUAUGUUUCCCAUAUAUUUACAACUGGACCUAUAAAUUAUUUCAAUAAAUUUAGUAUUAAGUGCUUACAAUGAAUGUAUUAUUCCCUUAACAAAUAAAAUGUACGUUAA